GGUCUGAUUAGAUUUCUGGUUAGAGCUGUAGAGACAAAGCUUGUAAAAUGACAACUAUCUAUGCAAAUGGUGAAUUUAUAAGGCUGGAAGACAACAAACAGCCAACCUCAGCUGGUAAAGCAGACUAUUAUACUUACAGAAACACUGAUGACCUGAAGACAAAAGACACUGCAGAUGCAUCUGAACAACCAUUCCUAUCUAAGAAAGAGAAAGACCCGUCCUAUAAGGCAGUUCUUCUGGCUGUUCUUUGUAUCUCUCUCCUCGUGGCUCUGCUGGCUCUGUGCGUUCUGGGAAUUCUCUAUUCCAAGCAACUGAGGUUGUUUGAUUUGUUAAAAGAGCAAAGCAGAAAUGCUGCAGUCGACAGUGAAAUACAGGAGCAGAACGCCACAGACAGCACAUUUGAGAGGAGAAAGUACUACUAUUUCUCUUCAGAAAAACUGAACUGGAUGGAAAGUCGAGAUUACUGUGUGAAAACUGGAGGCCAGCUGGUCACAAUAACAGGCAAAGAGGAUCAGGAUAAUUUGGCCUCAAAGCUGAAAGAGGUGCAUUGGAUUGGACUAAAUGAUUUGUACACUGAAGGACACUGGAUGUGGGUGGACAACACUACUCUCUCAGGAGAAACGUUCUGGCAUAAAAGGACAGGUAGUCUAUCUGAACCUGAUAACUGGACUAAGGAGGACUCAAAUGGAGAAAACUGUGCUUGUCUGGGAACUGCGAGUGAAUGGUUUGAUGCUUCAUGCUUACAACUGAAAAAGUUUAUCUGUGAAAAGUAAAAUUGAUAGCAUGGCAUACUAUACCAUCCGAAAGUUUGGGAACAGUAAGAUUUGUUUUUUAAGAAAAUAAUACUUUCAUUCAGGAAGGAUGCAUUGAAUUGAUCAAAAGAUACUUUUACAUUAAAUAUUUCAAAUAAAUGCUGUUGUUUUGAACUUUUAUCAAAGAAUCAGACUGGAGUAAUGAUGCUGAAAAAUCAGCUUUGAUCACAGGAAUAAAUUACAUUUUAACAUAUAUUACAAUAAAUGUUGAUGUUUAACAGAGAUUUCAAAAACAAAUAAAAAAUCCUACCAACCCAUAGACCAGUACAAGAAAAGAUCAUUUUAUGUCUUCAGUUAAAUAUUCUUAAGGUUUCGGAUGUUUAUAUGCAUUGUCAUGUCUACUAAAAGAGCAAUGAAUGCUUGAAAUAAAGCCAUUGACUAAACGUGCACUUUUGCUGAAUGUUAUUUUUCUGUAAAGCAUUUCAAAUAUCUGAAAGGCAGUUCAUUUUCUUCAAGGAUGAUAUGGUAAAACUCAUGAUAUGGAUAUUUUACGGUGUUCUACAUAGAAUCCUAAAAAAACAUAUGACAGAAACAUAUAGUUGCAUUGUUACACAAGCACUUUUAGCAUUGCACUUGUUUGUGCUACAUAUUAAACCAUAGUAAACCCUGCAUCCUACAGAUGUUCAACACAGAAUAGACCUUAAAAAAGGGGAAAAAAACUGCAUAACACUCUUUUCUACAAUAUGCUAUGACAAAAAUUACUUUUGAAUAUCUGUCUUUGGCUGAUCAUUUUCCAGCAUAGAGAUGCAAACCCAGUUGUCUGGGAUCAGCAAGAUUUUUUAAAGAAAUUUCUUAUGCUCAUCAAGGCUGCAUUUAUUUGAUCAAAAAUCCAGAACAAAAAACAGUAAUAUUGUGAAAUAUUAUUUAAUUGUAAAAUAACUGUUUUCUAUGUGAAUAGGUUUUAAAAUAUAAUUUAUUCCUGUGAUUGAAGCUGAAUUUUUAGCAUCAUUUCUCCAGUCUUCGGUGUAACAUGAUCCUUCAGAAAUCAUUCUGAUAUGCUGAUUUAUUAUCAAUGUUGAAAACAGUUGUGCUGCUUAAUAUUUUGUUGGAACCUGUGAUACAUUUUUUUCAGGAUUCUUUAAUAAAUAAAAAGUUACAAAGAACAGCAUUUUUUAAAAAUAAAAAUCUUUUGUAACAAUAUAAACUACCAUUUAAAAGUCUGCGGCCAGUAAAUAUGUUUUUU